AUGCUCCAGCUCCUGGUGCUGAAGAUUGAAGAUCCAGGUUGCUUCUGGGUUAUUAUAAAAGGGUGUAGUCCCUUUUUAGAUCAUGAUGUCGACUAUCAAAAAUUAAGCAGUGCCAUGAAUGACUUCUACAACAGCACGUGUCAAGAUAUAGAAAUAAAACCAUUAACACUGGAAGAAGGACAGGUGUGUGUGGUCUAUUGUGAGGAGCUAAAGUGCUGGUGCAGAGCCAUUGUCAAAUCAAUUAUGUCUUCCGCAGACCAGUACUUGGCAGAAUGUUUCCUUGUGGACUUUGCCAAGAACAUUCCAGUCAAAUCUAAAAACAUCCGAGUUGUAGUAGAAUCAUUUAUGCAGCUUCCCUAUAGAGCAAAAAAAUUCAGCCUGUACUGCACAAAGCCUGUCACAUUACACAUUGACUUCUGCCGAGACAGUACUGACAUUGUACCUGCCAAGAAGUGGGACAGUGCAGCUAUUCAGUACUUUCAGAACCUUCUGAAAGCAACUACCCAGGUGGAAGCCAGAUUAUGUGCUGUGGAAGAAGAUACAUUUGAGGUUUACCUUUAUGUAACUAUAAAAGAUGAAAAAGUUUGUGUUAAUGAUGAUCUUGUUGCAAAGAACUAUGCUUGUUAUAUGUCACCUACAAAGAAUAAAAACGAUUAUUUAGAAAAACCAAGAUUGAAUAUAAAAUCAGCACUCUCCUUCAAUAAGCUCAAUCCAGCCCUUACACUCUGGCCAAUGUUUUUGCAAGGAAAAGAUGUUCAAGGAAUGGAAGAUUCACAUGGUUUAAAUUUUCCGGCACAAUCUCUGCAGCAUACAUGGUGCAAGGGUAUUGUCGGUGACCUCAGGCCAACAGCCACAGCACCGGACAAAGCUGUAAAAUGUAAUAUGGAUUCAUUGAGAGAUUCACCUAAAAACAAAUCUGAAAAGAAACACCAUUGCAUCUCUUUAAAAGAUACAGAUAAGCGUGUUGAAUCUUCAGCGUACUGGCCAACAAAAAGAGGCAUAACCAUAUAUGCUGAUCCACAUGUACCAGAAGCAAGUGCCUUAAGUCAGAAGCCAAAUGAGAAACCUCUUAGAUUGGCUGAGAAGAAAGAAUAUGAUGAGAAGAAUAGCUGUGUGAAAUUACUGCAGUUUUUAAAUCCUGAUCCUUUGAGAGCUGACGGAAUCUCUGAUCUCCAGCAGUUGCAGAAGCUGAAGGACCUGCAGCCGCCCUUGGCAGUGCUCCGGAACAAGAUCGAGCCCUGCUUAACCAUUGACUCGUCGCCGCUGUCAGAAGACCUGAAGAAGGCUCUUCAAAGAAAUAAGUUUCCGGGCCCCAGCCACACUGAAUCUUACUCUUGGCCUCCCAUAGCACGUGGCUGUGAUGUGGUUGUCAUUUCUCACUGUGAAAGCAACCCUUUGCUCUACCUCCUACCAGUGUUGACAAUUUUGCAAACAGGAGCCUGCUACAAGUCAUUACCAAGUAGAAAUGGACCUCUCGCAGUCAUUGUGUGCCCUGGGUGGAAGAAGGCCCAAUUUAUUUUUGAAUUAUUGGGAGAAUAUAGCAUGUCCUCCAGGCCUCUUCAUCCUGUGCUAUUAACAAUUGGGCUCCAUAAAGAGGAAGCCAAAAAUACAAAGCUUCCAAGGGGCUGUGAUGUGAUUGUUACGACCCCAUACAGCCUGCUGAGGCUUCUCGCCUGUCAGAGCCUACUGUUCCUCAGGCUCUGCCACCUGAUCCUGGAUGAGGUAGAGGUGCUAUUCUUGGAAGCCAAUGAACAGAUGUUUGCUAUAUUAGAUAACUUUAAAAAAAAUAUUGAAGUUGAAGAAAGGGAAUCUGCACCACAUCAGAUUGUUGCAGUUGGAGUUCAUUGGAACAAACAUAUAGAACAUCUUAUCAAAGAGUUCAUGAAUGAUCCCUACAUUGUGAUCACAGCCACGGAAGAGGCUGCUCUCUAUGGCAAUGUCCAACAGGUAGUACAUCUUUGCCUAGAAUGUGAAAAAACUUCUACUUUACUCCAAGCUCUUGAUUUUAUUCCAAGUCAGGCACAAAAGACCUUGAUCUUCACCUGCUCUGUAGCUGAAACAGAAAUAGUGUGUAAGGUAGUAGAAAGCAGUUCAAUAUUUUGCUUGAAGAUGCAUAAAGAAAUGAUUUUUAACUUACAAAAGGUUUUAGAACAGUGGAAGAAGAAGUUAAGUUCUGGCUCUCAAAUCAUAUUAGCCCUCACGGACGACUGCAUCCCACUCUUGGCCAUCACUGAUGCCACGUGUGUGAUUCACUUCAGCUUCCCUGCCUCGCCAAAAGUUUUUGGUGGACGCCUGUAUUGCAUGUCUGAUCAUUUUCAUGCUGAACAGGGCUCUCCUGCAGAACAGGGAGAUAAGAAAGCCAAAUCUGUCUUGCUGCUGACGGAGAAAGAAGCGAGCCACGCAGUGGGCAUCCUGCGCUACUUGGAGCGAGCGGAUGCCAAGGUCCCUGCAGAGCUGUACAAGUUCACCGCAGGAGUUCUGGAAGCCAAAGAAGAUAAGAAAGCCGGAAGGCUUCUUUGUCCUUAUCUGAAGGCUUUCGGUUUUUGCAAAGACAAAAGGAUCUGUCCUGACCGACACCGUAUUAAUCCAGAAACGGACAUGCCCAGGAAACUGUCCAGCCAAGCCGUACCUUCAUUUGGAUACAUUAAAAUAAUACCUUUUUAUAUUUUGAAUGCAACAAAUUACUUUGGCCGUAUAAUUGAUAAACACAUGGAUCUUUAUGCAACUCUCAAUGCUGAAAUGAAUGAAUAUUUUAAGGAUUCUAAUAAAACAACUGUGGAAAAGGUGGAGAAGUUUGGAUUGUAUGGAUUAGCAGAAAAAACGCUUUUUCACAGAGUUCAGGUGUUGGAAGUGAGCCAAAAAGAAGACGCCUGGGCCCUGGAUGACAUCCUUGUAGAGUUCAUCGACGAAGGCAGGACAGGGCUCGUCACAAGGGACCAGCUGCUGCAUCUCCCAGAACAUUUCCACGUGCUUCCUCCGCAGGCUGUGGAGUUUAUUGUCUGUAGGGUGAAACCUGCUGACAACGAAAUGGAAUGGAAUCCAAAGGUUACUAGGUACAUUCAUCAUAAAAUUGUUGGAAAAUUGCAUGAUGCAAAAGUGAUCCUGGCUUUGGGAAAUACAGUUUGGAUUGAUCCAAUGGUGCACAUUACAAACCUUUCCAAUUUAAAAACCUCUGUCAUUGAUUAUAAUGUUCGAGCUGAAAUCUUGUCCAUGGGCAUGGGCAUUGAUAAUCCAGAACACAUAGAACAACUGAAAAAAUUACGCGAAGAUGCUAAGAUACCAGCUUUUGAAGAAAGCCCAAGCCAGACCCCGCCGAGGGUGACAGGGACCAGGCCUGCUCAAGACCAGGAACGUCCAUCCGAGGAGCAGGAGGGGCAGGGGAUGCCUCCUCCAGCAGAAGAUGCUGCUUGCCUGCAGAGCCUCCAGCCUGAGGACACGGGUGCAGAAGGAGGGGCUGAGUCCAAGACGAGCUCAGAAAACCAGAAGCCUGAAACUUUAUCUGGAAACACUGAAGGUGCCUCCAUUAGCAGAACUGCACAGCUGCCUCUGAAAAGCUUCCACCCACAAAUAAAAUGGUUCCAAAAAGAAGAUGUCGUCAUCUUAAAGAUAAGAAUAAGGAAUGUAAAGGACUACAAGUGUCAGUAUUUAAGGGAUAGAGUCAUUUUCAGUGCUUGGGCGGGAGACAAAUUUUACCUGGCUGAUCUGGAGCUGCGGGGCAACAUAAGGAAAGAUGAUUGCAAAUGUGUGAUUAGAAACGAUGAACCUGUUAUCACUCUGGCCAAAGAGAGAAGGGAGGCAUGGUUUCACCUACUCAGACAGAGGAACCCCAAUGUGGCUUUCGAUUUUGAUCACUGGGAAGACUGUGAAGAGGACAGCCACUUCCCCAAGGUAGUGAAUUCUAAAAACCUGCCGUACACAGUGACAGAGGUGGUUGAAGACAGUAGCAGCACUUCAGAGGAUGACGACAGUGAGAGUGAAUGAGAAGGUGAAUGACGUCCUCAAGAGCAGCUGGAAGAUGUUGAACAAAAAUGGAUAUUGCCAUGGGACCAAAAGUUAAGAAAACAGUCAGUCAUAACCAAAU